UGUCCAUCUCUCUCUCAUUUCCAUUAGCCUUUUGGGCUCUCUCUAUCUCCCCAUAGCUGUAGAAAUUUAAUUCAGAGAGAUACUCCUCCUCCCCUUCGCUCUCUCUCUCUCUCUCUCUCUCUCUCUCUCUCUCUAUAUUAACCAUAACCCACGGAGACAGAGAGAGAAAUAAAAUACUCAAUCAGAAACAGCAGAACCAAAAACCAUUUUUGUUUUCAAGGAUUAAGGAAGAAGAUGGGUUACUACCACUCUCAUCUGCGGUUGUUUGGUUUGGUUGUUCUUGUAGCCGUUGUCUCUACCUCAGCCAAAAAUUUACCAAUUAUAUCCUUUGAUGAUGGAUAUAACAAGCUCUUUGGGGACGACAAUCUGAUGAUUCUCAGGGACGGGAAAUCCGUUCAUCUUACGUUAAACGAACGGACAGGGUCUGGAUUUGUUUCUCAAGACCUUUACAUUCAUGGGUUCUUCAGUGCCUCCAUUAAGUUGCCAACUGAUUAUACUGCUGGAAUUGUGGUCGCCUUUUAUAUGUCGAAUGCUGACAUGUUCCCCAAGAACCAUGACGAAAUCGAUUUCGAGUUUCUGGGUAAUAUAAGAGGCAAAGAAUGGAGGGUUCAGACCAACGUUUAUGGCAAUGGAAGCACUGAUACUGGGAGAGAAGAGAGAUACAAUCUCUGGUUUGAUCCUUCGGAGGAUUACCACCAGUACAGUAUUCUCUGGACUGACUCUUAUAUCAUAUUCUAUGUUGACAAUAUUCCCAUUAGAGUGGUUAAGAAAUCAGAGGCGAUGGGUGGUGACUAUCCCUCGAAGCCAAUGUCAUUGUAUGCUACAAUAUGGGAUGGAUCCGAUUGGGCUACCAAUGGAGGCAAAUACAGAGUCAACUACAAGUAUGCUCCAUUCAAGGCCGAGUUCUCUGACCUUGUUCUACAUGGCUGUGCAGUUGAUCCAAUUGAACAGGUAUCAAAGAAAUGUGAUAAAACCCAAGGUUCUGAAUAUAUCCCUACCGGUGUUACGCGCCUACAAAGAAUGAGGAUGGAGAGUUUCAGGAAGAGGCAGAUGACAUACUCCUAUUGCUACGACAGAAUACGAUACAAGGUUGCUCCACCAGAGUGUGUGAUCAAUCCCCAAGAAGCUGAAAGACUCCGCGUGUUUGACCCCGUUACAUUCGGGCACGGGCACCACCGUCAACGAAAACAUCACCGCAGGAGCAGCAGCAGAGCAAGCCUAGCGGAUACCACUUCUGUUUGAGAAUGAGAGGGAGGGUUGCAGAUUCAAUUUCUCAUAUGAGCACCAUUGGCAUUCAUCAACUUUUGUGUAUAGAGAGGGUGGGGAGAAAAAAAAAUGCAUAAAUUUUAUUGUGGGUGAAUAGAGUUUUUAUAUGGUUGGAGGGUAUGUAUAUAGUUCAUACCUUUAUUAGUUCCCAGUUUAUUAUUCAUGCUUGUCCUUUUGGUUUUUAUAAAUUGAAUUUAGUGGUGGGUAUGUACUUUGACACAACCUCAUGGGUUCAAUAAAUUUUAGCAUAUGGAAGUUUACUGGGCUUGGA